CCCAUACUUGAAUUUCAUUUCUUCUUGAAUCAUGUCACAGAAGGUGUGUUUGUUAUUCCUCCUAAUUGUCGUCGCUAGAGCUGCAGGUUCAAACUUACCUCUAGUCAUAAAUACGUGGCCUUUUAUUACACCAAAUGCGAAAGCUUGGAGUGUGAUCAACAAUAAAGAAAGAUCUGCUUUAGAUGCUGUUGAGCAAGGAUGCUCCAUGUGUGAAAGAUAUCGACAGUGCAGCAAAAGUAUUGGAUAUGGUGGAAGACCAGAUGAAGAUGGGGAAACAACUCUCGAUGCAAUGAUAAUGGAUGGAAUCACUCAUUCUGCUGGAGCAGUUGGUGGCCUGAGAAGGGUGAAGGCAGCAAUAUCGGUGGCCCGUGCAGUGAUGGAAUAUACUGACCAUACACUGCUCGUUGGAGAGGGAGCCACGAAAUUUGCUCUUCAGAUGGGCUUUCAGGAAUCAGACUUGCAUUCAAAUGAUUCAAUAGCAAUGUGGAACAAUUGGCGUUCGGGUAACUGCCAACCAAACUUCUGGAAAAAUGUUAAACCAGACCCUAAAAAACACUGUGGACCUUACAAACCUGCCAAUCAUGAUGACCCGCUUUACAAAUUCCAUAAGCCACAAAAUUCACCUGAUAUCUCCGAAACUAACCACGAUACCAUUGGUAUGAUUGGUGUUGAUGCCAAAGGUAAUGUUGCAGUAGGAACUUCAACAAAUGGAUUAGCCAACAAAAUGCAUGGGAGAGUUGGUGAUUCACCUAUUGUUGGUGCUGGUGCUUAUGUGGACAACGCAGUCGGUGGUGCUGUAGCUACAGGUAAUGGAGACGUUAUGAUGAGAUUUUUACCAAGCUUCCAUGUUGUUCUCUUGAUGCAAGAGGGUUUAAGUCCAACAGAAGCAACGAGAAAAGCUUUGCUUCCCAUAAUCAAGAAAUACCCAAAUUUUCAUGGAGCACUUAUAGCUGCUACCAUCACUGGUGAAUAUGGGGCAGCCUGUCAUAACUUUGGUGGAUCGGUUGACUACGCAGUUACAAAUCCUUCAUUGGAAAACUCAACUGUUUUCAAAUUAAUGUGUUCUAAACAUUUCCAAUUUUGACCAAACUCAACAUUUACCAAUACGCAUUUACCAACAUGAGAUGUUCCGAAAGAAAAUUCCGCAAUGGCAACAGUAAAGAUGAGAACAUCAACUAACCACACAUUUUAAUCAUGAGGAAAGAAGCAGAAGGAUGGUGCUAAUAUCUUAUAAAACAAGUGAAAUAAAUGUAUUAUUCUUUUAUUA